AUGGCCCAGUUCUUCAAAUUGCCUCCUGAAGAAAGGGCAAAAUACUUCACCACUGAUCACUCCAAGCAAGUAAAGCUUUUCAAUUUCUACCUCAAAGUUGAAGGGCAAGAGCAAAAGGUUUUUGCUGAAUAUGCAAAGGAGAAUGGCAGAUUGAUGAAAACGCUCUUGGGAUUGCUAUCCCAGGGGCUUGGACUAGAGAAGGACUGCUUACAAAAGAAGCUGGAUGAUAAUCCUACUCUGAAAGCACAGGGAAACUACCAUCCACCAUGUCCAGACCCUGAGGUCACACUUGGACUAGCUAUCCAUACUGAUCUCAAUGCACUCACAGUACUCAAGCAGACAGAGGGAGUGACUGGCCUUCAAGUGAUCAAAGAUGGGAAAUGGGUUGCUGUCGAUUCUCUCCCCCAAUGCCUUUGUUAUCAAUCUUAA